AUGGGGGAAGAAAUUGAGUCAAUGGCACGAUUGGCAGAAAUUCCAGAAGAAAAACAGCGGAAUUACAUGCGAUGGAAAAAGAAUUCCAAGCUUUUGUAUGACUAUUUGAAUACCAAUACGAAUAAAUGGCCGUCAUUGACAUGUCAAAUUUUCCCAGACUUGGAUACCUCAAUUGAUGAGCACAGAGUGUUAUUGUCGUCGUUCACGUCUUCCCAGUUCCCUGAGGAUGAGUCCAUGUACGUGGCCCGAUUUUCGACGCUUGGACAUUUGAAAUGGAGCUCAUUGUCCAACUUUGAUAUCGAGGAUAUGGAGUUUAAGAUGGAUAAUGGGGUCGAAUUACCGCAUAAGGGUCUUUCUACGGAUGUCCAAGUCAAAUAUCCCGCAGGUGAUUGUAAUAGAGCGCGGUAUUGUCCUUCAAACCCAGAUCUCAUCGCAACCGCGUCCUCUGCGGGCGCACUUUACAUCUUUGACAGAACCAAACAUAGCAGCUCGCGAAGCAAAUUGUUGGCGGAUAACGAGGCGAAAUACGAGAUUGAAUGUCAAUUGCCUGUUCCAGUAGAAGAUUCCGAACGAGAAGCCACUUCGGUAGCGUGGAAUUGGCAACGGCAGGGCUCACUGGCAAGCAGCUAUUCUAGCGGUGACGUUGCCGUUUGGGACCUUAUGAAAUACAGCAAAAGCAACACAACGAUUUCCGAGCCGCAGUUUACUGCGAAAACAGACUCAGCUGGUUGCAACGAUCUGGCAUGGAUGGUUAAUCAUGAUGCAUUGCUUGCUUGUUGCGGCGAAAGUAACGUGCUGGGGCUCAUCGACAUACGCGACCCGCUCAAACAUCGAUUAUCUAAAACCGAGCAUCAUGAUAGUGGCAUCAACGCGUGCCAAUUCAAUCCCAACAACGAUAUGCUGCUCAGUUCUGCGGAUUCUGCUGGCAGAAUCAAUUUCUGGGAUAUUCGAGAUUUUACAAAACCUAUUAGAACAAUAUACCAUGAAGACGCGGUUUCAUCCCUACAGUGGAAUCACAAUUUGCCAACGGUAAUUGCCAGUGCUGGCCAAACCUUGGGCACGGUCAAACUAUGGGACAUGUCUGCUCCGACGGACGACGCGCUUAUUUUCACGCAUUGUGGCCACAUGCUGGGCGUAAACGACAUCAGCUGGGACUUGCAUGAUCCUUGGCUCAUGUGCAGUGUUUCUAACGACAAUUCGAUCCAUCUCUGGCGCCCUGCUGCCACUAUCGUUGGUUCAAACGAAACCGUUUAG